CCGGGGGCGGGGACGGCGGGCCGUCGCCUCUGCGCUUGGCGUGGACGGUAGUGGUGGGGGAGAACUGGCUGGCGAGUCUCACGUGGUGGGGUCUCAGCCCGGGUAGCAGGCUUCGAUCGUGUUUGACUUCCCGGGCCCUUGGUUCCGAUUCCUGCCGAGAUGCCGAAGGUUAAAGCGGGAGCCAAGCGGCGGGAAGAGCGCCGGGAGCUGAAGAGCGCCGGAGGACUCAUGUUCAACAAGGGGAUCGGGCAGCACAUUUUGAAAAAUCCUCUGGUUGUUAACAGCAUUAUUGAGAAGGCUGCCUUAAGACCAACGGAUGUGGUGCUAGAAGUUGGACCUGGAACUGGCAACAUGACUGUAAAGUUGCUAGAAAAGGCAAAAAAGGUCAUCGCCUGUGAACUUGACCCAAGGCUAGUAGCCGAACUUCAUAAAAGAGUUCAGGGCACGCCCUUGGCGAGCAAACUCCAGGUAAUGGUGGGUGAUGUGCUGAAAACAGAGUUACCAUUCUUCGAUACGUGUGUGGCCAAUCUGCCUUAUCAGAUCUCUUCUCCCUUUGUCUUCAAGCUGUUGUUGCACCGACCUUUUUUCAGAUGUGCUGUACUUAUGUUUCAACGAGAAUUUGCUCUCCGACUGGUUGCAAAACCUGGAGAUAAGUUGUACUGCAGACUCUCAAUCAAUACACAGCUGUUAGCACGUGUGGAUCACCUAAUGAAAGUGGGAAAGAAUAACUUCAGACCACCACCAAAGGUGGAAUCCAGUGUUGUAAGGAUAGAACCCAAGAAUCCACCACCACCUAUCAAUUUUCAGGAAUGGGAUGGCCUAGUAAGGAUCACCUUUGUUAGGAAAAACAAGACACUGUCUGCUGCAUUUAAAUCAAGUGCAGUGCAACAGCUGUUGGAAAAAAACUACAGAAUUCACUGUUCGGUCCAUAACAUUAUAAUACCAGAAGAUUUCAGCAUAGCAGAUAAAAUACAGCAAAUCCUAACCAGCACAGGUUUUAGUGACAAAAGGGCCCGUACCAUGGACAUAGAUGACUUUAUCAGACUUCUACAUGGAUUCAAUGCAGAAGGUAUCCACUUUUCCUAGCUAUUUGGAAAACAGAAUAAUUCAAGGUCAAGAAAAGAAGCAAAUUAUAUAUUUUUAAUAUUUGAGAAGAUGAACUAUGCUAUUGCUCCUCUGGGACAUUAUCUGCAUGAUAAUUUUUAAUACUACUGUUGUCAUCUUUUACUAUUCUGAAUCUUUAAGGUGGUCAGUUCUAAGUUCCCAAGUGUUUUGUUGUUCUUGGUUUGCUUUUAAUAUACGUCAUAAUAUACAACAUAAUCUUCAAGUUUAAGAGCCGCAGAUACGCACAACUUUACACUGAAAUUUAUUAUUUCUAACAGUUUAUUGUAUGAAGAUGUUAAUAACCUUUUUUACUGUGUUAUAGAUGAGGCCAUCUUUAGGCGUUAGCUGUCCCUUUA